CGCUUCGCCACCUCCUGUACACGGUCCACCAGCCGCGGACAGGCGCCGGUUCUAUACCCCGAGGAGCAGUGACUUUGAUUAAGACCGAUGUCAGAAACAUGUCAACCCAAACAUGAUUGGUUUACGGCGACGUUGACGUUCGGCUUGUGUUGCGGCCUGAUCAUCUCAUACCUCCCUCAACAUGCCAGGAUCAUUCGCGCCGGCUCUUCGGAAGGCUUCAGCCCAUGGUUCCUUCUCCUAGGGAGUACCUCAAGUGCGGCGGGGAUGCUCAACAUGUUCACCAUGCAGUUCGGCAUCGUCAAGUGCUGCCGAUACUUCAGCCUCGGAGGAUGCCUCGAGAUGACAGCAGGGAUUGUGCAAGUCGGGUUGCAAUGGGCAAUGUUCACCUUCAUCUUCGUCCUCUACAUGCUCUACUACCCUCCGCACCUCAAAUAUAUCACCCCAGCCUCCGACCCCGAGACCUCGUCUAAUACCAAACCCCUCAAGCGCCCACAACGAACUGAAGAGUGGCAGAACUCUGUCAUCCUCGCUUGGGUCACCUUCGGACACUUCGCCAUAAUCGUCAUCACCACCAUCUACCUCCUCCUCACCACCUCACCCUCACCUGUGCCGAACCAGCCCCUCCCACCCCGGCUCUCCUCUUGGGCCACGCUGCUCGGCGUCAGCUCCGCCAUGCUCGCAGCCAUCCAGUACAUGCCGCAAAUCAUCCACACGUACCGCAUGAAGCUCGUCGGCGCGCUCAGCAUCGCGAUGAUGAUGAUCCAGAGCCCGGGCGCGGUGCUCAUGGUGCUGAGCAUCGCGCUCAGGCCGGAUACGAACUGGACGAGCUGGAUCACCUUCGCCGUCGCCGGCAUCAUGCAGGGCACCCUCCUCGUGAUGUGCAUCACCUGGAAGUUCCGCCAGCUCAAGCUGGGCAUCGACGACUUCGGCGCGCCACUACCACCCUCCGCCUACACCGCCCGGCGGCGGCGGCGCCGUCGGAACUCGUCCUCGUCGCGCCCGAGCUCCUUCACGCGCGCGGAGAGCGACCUUAGCGUGCCGGGGCUGCAGGUGGACGAGGAGGAGGAGCCGCAGGCCGUGCGUGCGGCGCUCGCGGCGGCGAUCGAGAGCGCGGUCGGGGAGGAUAUCGUGGGCAGCGCGAUGCGCGCAGCAUCGUGGCCUGGCGCGGGAGAGUCACCGGCCGGCGGUCUGGGGACGUCGGCGGGCGAGCGGGCGGGCGACUUGGUCGCGGAGGCAGCGCGCGCGGGGAGCAUGGACGGUACGAGAGCGGCAAGUAUGGAUGCGACGGGGGCGAGGAGUAUGGACGGGGUGCGGGCGGGGAGUGUGGAGGGGUCGAGGGCGGGGAGCUUGGAUAAGGGCGCUUCAGAAACGACGCCGCUGCUCAGCGGGGGAGGGGACGCGGGGCACGAUGCGGGGGCGGAGAGCGGGGACGCGGGGAAGGAUAAGGGUAAGGGGACUCAACAUGCCUGGGGAGGCUGGUUCGGGCGGGGGAAGUAGGUGCUCCGCGCAAUUAACUUUUUUGCGCGAGAAGGGAGGAUUGAGUCGAGCAGGAGGGAGGAUUGAGUCGAGCAGGGGGCGGCCGUCCGAGCAGUAAGAUUCUACCUACCUACCUUACGAUUCCGCAUGCGAUAUUGACGGCUGGAUUUCUCAAGUGUACCUAGACCCGUAUUUAAUGACAUGGGCGUGUUUACCGGGAUCCUGGAAAGCCUGCUAUCCACAGAUCGUAGCAGCACAGAUCGAAGCCAACCUUGUCACGGUGCACAUGUGGCGUCUAGGAUGCUGCAGAUCUAGACCAUACG